AUGAACCCGCGCCAGACGGUGUUCGACGCUAAGCGUCUGAUUGGCCGUCGCUUCGACGACCCCGAUGUGAAGAAGGACAUGCAGUCGUGGCCCUUCACUGUGGCUGACAAGGACGGCAGCCCUGUCAUUGAAGUCGAGUACCUCGGUGAGAAGAAGCAGUUCGCUCCUCAGGAGAUCUCGGCCAUGGUGCUUUUGAAGAUGAAGGAGAUUGCUGAAGCGAAGAUCGGCAAGGAAGUCAAGAAGGCCGUCGUGACUGUGCCUGCUUACUUCAACGACUCGCAGCGUCUUGCUACAAAGGAUGCUGGCACCAUUGCUGGUCUGGAUGUACUGCGUAUCAUCAAUGAGCCCACAGCUGCUGCCAUUGCGUACGGUCUGGACUCGAAGUCGAGCCAAGAGAAGAAUGUGCUGAUCUUCGACUUGGGUGGUGGUACGUUCGAUGUGUCGCUCCUCAACAUCACCGGUGGCGUCUUUGCUGUGAAGGCCACCGCUGGUGACACACACUUGGGUGGUGAGGACUUUGACAACACCCUCCUCGAGCACUUCAAGAAGGACUUUGAGCGCAAGAACAAGGUCGACAUGACGGGUGACGCGCGUGCUCUGCGCCGUCUCCGCAGUGCCUGUGAGCGCGCCAAGCGUACCCUGUCGAGUGUGACGCAGACGACCGUUGAGGUCGACUCGCUCUUCCAGGGCAUCGACUUCCAGGCGAACAUCACGCGUGCUCGCUUCGAAGAGAUCAACGCUGCCGCGUUUAAGGGCACGCUCGACCCAGUGUCAAAGGUGCUGAAGGACUCGAAGAUCCCCGCCGACAAGGUAGACGACAUUGUUUUGGUCGGUGGAUCUGACACGUAUCCCCAAGAUCCAGUCGCUUGUGUCUGA